AUGCCAUUAAGGGCAAUUAAAACGAUAGUUAAUAAAUUAUCAAAUCAGUAUUACAAUUAUGGAAAAGCAGUGGCCGCAAGAGCCUACUUGUUAUUGAUAACAUCAUUACUCUUUAUAACUUAUUUUUCAUUACCAGUCAUUCGAACAUACACUGAUAAUUCGGACGUUCAAACAGUACGAUCACUGUUAAGCACACAAUCGUGGCACGCAUCUGCUCAUGUGCAAUUUCACAAUUUCACAACUAGCAGACAAGCACCAAAAAAUUACUACUUAGCACAACAGAUUCAAUUAUCCUACUCCAAUAACAGGCGCAUUGACUAUAAAUUGAUUCAGCAAGCAAAAAGAAUUUUGGAGAGCCUGACAACCACUAUAAUCAAUUUCAACGGUAUAUAUUCUACACAGCCUAUCUCUUUAGCAACAAUAUGUUUUAAAUACAAUGGUCGUUGUUUGAUUCAAUCGCCAGCUUUUUAUGAUUUCGAGAAUGAGGAGCAAUGGAGAAAGUUAACACACAGAGAAAGUUUCGCAAAUGUUCGUAAAGACUUUCCUACCACUCCAUUUGUAACUUACGCUAAUCCACAGUUCGACUCUCAAGGCAAUUUCAUUGAUGCAGAUGCCAUUGUCUUGACGUUUGUUUUAAAUCACACUACUCAAUAUGGUGACAGCCUUUCAAUUUGGAAUAGACUUUUGAAAGAAGCAAAAACUAAACAUAACAUAGUGGACCUACAAACGUCUUACGAGCAGACGACUUUACAACAAGCUGUAACUGAUGAUAUUGAAGAUGAAAUGCUCUAUGCUGGUCCAGCAAAUGCUAUCCCCCAAAUGAUAGAAUAUAAGUUUAAUCUAUUUUCUUAUGAUAUAUCGUAUAAGGUACAACUCUCCAUUGUAGCUUAUUCGAUCAUGUUCUACCUCGUUUCCUUAGAGUUCGGAAAGUCGAAUUUAGUGAAAUCAGGCUAUACAUUUGCUUUAGCAGCUGUAUUCUUGUCUAUCGCUUGCUUUACCACCACUCUUGGAAUUUUUACCCAGUUCAGCACGUCAACAUUUCAAACAGUUCCAUGGUAUCUGUUACUUUUGAUUGUGAAUAUCGCGUGUUUGGAAAACAUAAUUCUGCUUACAAACGCCGUUUUGGAUGCUGGCUGUGAUAUGAUUGUUGUAGAGAAAAUCAGUAGAGGUUUGCAAAGCGUUGGCAUGCCUAUGACAAUAACUUUAAUUGCCGAACUAUUUAUCUUAACGCUUGGCACUUACAUGGAUUCGAUGUUAAUCAGAGAAUUGUGCACUUUCGCGAAGCUUGCUUUGGUAGUCGAUUAUAUCCUACAGAUGACUUUUGUCAUUGCUAUAUUAGCGAUUGAUAUAAGGCGAGUAGAGCUGGCUGACCUGGAUGAUCGCCAAGUGUCGAAAAGAUUGCAUGAGCUUGCAGGAAUUCGGUCAAAAAAACAACAGCAACUUCCAGCUGACUUCUGCCCGAUUCAAGAAACUGUAAACAAAGAAGAUGCAAAGUCUUGUGCUGAAUGCAAAGAGUUCAAAACCCAUCGCGUUUUUAAUGCAUUUAUGAUUUGCUUGAUCAUCCUUACUCUGACAGUCCUUGGACCAAAAACAUACCAACAGCAUGACUUAUCACUAACAAAAAAAAAUGAUCUCAUUCACGAACAACUUAAAGUGAAGCAACUUUCAGAUCAAUUUUGGUCUAUCAUAAAUCCUCAGAAAGACAUCACCUGGCUCCAAAUCGAACCAACACACCUAUUUAUUUACGGUAAUGACAUAACCGAAGUUCAAUGGCAUUUCGAGCACUUGCAACAUGUUUAUCAACUUACUUCAGCAGGGUUCAAAAAAUACACAUCUGCGAAGAAUCAUCAUUCACUCUUCCGACUGUUUAUCUUGUCAACUUUACAGCAUGUAUUUGAGUUUGUUAUUAGUAUCAACUUUCCAAUGCUCUUUCUAUGUUUGGCGAUGGCAGGUGUUGUCAGCUGGAUGACACCAAAAUGGCGGAAAAGAUGGUUGGUACCUCUCUUGAUUAGGUUGUUUCUAGCUGUCUUACGCUGGUUUCCAUCGCCCUAUUUGAAGCGAAUGUACAACCACAUGUUGCAUCUCACAAAAAAGAAGCCUUAUUCUGGAAAGGGAGAGAGCAAUAAAGAAUACGACGCAGAUGGUAUUCAUCACAGAGGCGCUAUUACAAUGCAAAAUAUAUUCAAUCAGCAGCAAUAUAGAACAAAUGUGAAGCGAGUACAAGUACAUACAUUAUUCAACCAGCAUACGACCGAUAUCCAAGGUAUGGAUUCCAAUGCAAAGCACAGUCUAGUAUCCGUAGGUCAAGAUGGCAGAAUGGUUUUAUGGAAUACUAAACAAGCAGCCUGGAUGGCUCGACUGGAUAAGUUACAAAUAGAAGCAGGUGGACUGUUACGAGCUACCUUAAACCCGCAUUUUUAUAAUAGCUCAUCAGCAACAAAGUUUUCAGAUGUCAUCACUUUAUCCAAAAGCAACCUUUCAAAACCUCGCUGCGUCAAAACUGACCAAGGGAAUAAGUGGAUAGCUGCUUCCUUUGAUGAUGGAGUAAUUCGAGUUUGGGAUAUUGGUACCGGUCUACUCGUACGCGACUUUCGUAGUUCUUCUCAAAAACUGUCUUCUCCUCUGUUGGAAAGUAAAAACCACUCUUCUUCCUCUGCUAACAGUAGCAACUCACACACUACACAAUCGAGCAUAAAUUCCGUAAGGCGGAAGAAAACAAAGGUCGAUCAUAUCUUAUUCAUACAGUUCGUUGGUACCAUACCCGAGUUCUGCCAUCCAUCUAUUGCCGAAGCUGCUGCUCGAUGCUCGGAUAUCGAGAUAUCUCAAAAUUUUCUCUUAUCAGUACAUAAGAGUGGUACUUUACGUGAGUGGGAUAUACUCACAGGUGAAUGUAUUCACACUAUGAAAACCCAGCAUUUGAAGGAUAUCACUCAACUUCACGUUGUUGAAUCAAAAGCACUUCAAAGAAAGUUUGGCAUGACCUGGAUUUUCACUGCAUCCAGAGAUGGCACUAUCCAUUGCUGGGAGCGCUAUCUAAAUAUAACCCGUUGGUCUGUGCUUUAUACAGUGAAACUUGAUUUUCCAAUCACAUGUAUUGCUACCGAAACGCCUGUAGGUGGAAUGGGUAUUUUGGUGACUGGUUGUAGUGAUGGUACAGUGAAAGUUUGGAAUUUCGAAACCGGUGAAUAUGUAUGUACAUUAUCCUCUGGAAGGGCU